UGGAGUGAGUGGACCCAUGCUUCGCGGAGGCGACUGAGAGGAAGGCGAAAGAGCCAACGAGAGUCCUUUUUAUUUGAUGUAAGGUCAUCGCCUGGUUUCUUGAAGAUGACUGCCAAAGCCAAAAGAGGAGGAGAGAGCGGCAAAUUUGCAACAAAGACUGCCAAAUUUAAGGGAGGGAAAGUGGGCAAAAAUGAGCAUGGAGGCAGAGGAAGUGGCAGAUUCCAGGAGAGGAAAGGUAACGGGAACUUUGCUUGGAAAAAGCAAGGCAAGACCACCAGAGGGAAAGCUGGCCAAUCAAACUAUAGGAAUGCAGGCCAAUCAGGCAAGUGGAAAGAUGUGAAAGUAAGCUACAGUCAAUGGAAGGUCACCGAUAAGGAUGGAGUGACUGAAAUGACCACAAGGAAGGAGCAUACUGAAAAAUUCCCAGGGCGGAAGGUGGUUGACCCAAAGCUGCUUGAGAAGUACAACAAAGGAGAAGGAGUUAAUGUACAGAAAAUUAAAAAAUGGAAUAAACCCAUGGUCCACAAAAUUAAAAUGAAAGAACAGAAGCUGAAGGAAGCUGAGGAGGAGGCAGCAAGAGCCGAACUUCUACUCACAGAAUCCAGUGGCCAAUUAGAAGCAAAGGAAGGCACGUACACAGCUCAUAUCACGCAGUCAGAUAUUAAAAAGGCCGUUGACAUCACUACAGCAGCAAAAGGAUUUGAUCUCAAGUUAGAGUAUGGUCCAUACCUAAUGGAUUACACACGCAAUGGCCGUCACCUGCUGAUUGGGGGUAGGAAGGGCCACCUAGCUUCCUUCGACUGGAUCACCAAGAAACUCUACUUUGAAACCAAUGUCAUGGAGUCCAUCCAUGACCUGUGCUUCCUCCACACUGAGAGAAUGAUGGCAGUGGCACAGAAGCAAUGGGUCUACAUCUAUGACAACCAGGGCGUUGAGCUCCACUGCCUCAAGAUGAUGCACCGAACCCUGCAGUUGGAAUUUCUGCCAUAUCACUUCCUCCUCUGUGCAGGUAAUGAAGCAGGCAUCCUCAGCUGGCUCGACAUUUCUCUGGGUAAAGAGGUAAUCCGGACGAGGACUGGCAAGGGCCGUUUAGGAAUCAUGUGCCAAAAUCCUUACAAUGCAGUGCUGUGCUGCGGCCAUCCUAAUGGCACUGUGACCAUGUGGACCCCCAACAAUCGUCUGCCAGUGGCAUCGAUACUGUGCCACACUCAACCACUCAGAAAAGUUACGGUUGAUCCAUCAGGAAGAUACAUGGCCACAGCAGGAGUAGAUCGGCAGUUGAAGAUUUGGGAUGUGCGCAAUCUUGGCGAGUGCCUCAAGUCCUAUCGCAUUAAUGCAGGAGCCUCACACCUUUCUUUCUCCCAAAAGGGCUUGCUGGCCAUGUCAAUGGGGAAUGUGGUUGAGGUCUACAGAAAUGUCAUAGAUGGAGGAUGCAAAAAACCAUACAUGCAACACAAGGGUGGGAACACCAUUCAUGGGAUGCAGUUCUGUCCCUAUGAGGACGUGCUUGGCAUCUCUACCUACAACGGCUUUUCGAGCCUCAUCAUUCCAGGUGCUGGAGAACCAAACUACGAUGCUCUAGAAGCCAACCCUUACAUCAGCACAUCAGGUCGUCGGGAGGCGGAGGUCAAGUCCCUCUUAGCCAAGGUGCCAUCGGAACUCAUCACUCUCGACCCCACGUCCAUCUGCCAGGUCGACACACCAACGCUGCAAGAGAGGAUAGAAGCCAAGAAGACCCUGCUGCACGUUCGAGCCCCAAAGAUCGACCCAACGCCACGGUACCGCAUGAAGGGCAAGAGCGGGUCAGCCACCAUGUUCAAGCGCAAGCAGAAGAUCCGAGAGGACGCCCAGCGCGGGUACCUGAAGACGGCACUCAGGCAGCAGGCAGAGGCGGGGCUGGGGAAGGAUUAUUUCAAGGACAAGCAGAACAAGGAGCAGAAGGAACAGCCUACCGUCCUCGACCGGUUCAAACCAAA